AUCAGGCGAUAGUCGCGUCAUGUGUGUUGACGUUUUGGUGCUGUUGCCGCUGUUGCUGUGCGCGGUGCUCCUACACCAUCGUUGCCUUCGUUCGUUCACCACCAACUGUCUGUGCCUUGUGGAGUAAAGUGAACGACCGCUCUUGCACACAGGCACACGCGGAAGAAACGAUCCAGCCCGAAGAUGCUGAUUCAACGUUCUUGGUUAAUCCGUUCCAACGGGUAUCGCCCUGCCAGCAACCGGUCAAAGAGGAAAUGGGUAUUCCACAUGCUACAUCGUCAAAGCAGCACUCAAGAGCCCUACUGGUUGUCAAAACUGUACAACAUCAAGGAACAUCAGAACAGAAAAAACCUAGUUGCACCUGCUUUCAUGCUUUGGGACAACUUGAUGAACUAUGCCGAGCUCCACAUGCGAAAGGUUUCAGACCUGAUCCACCCCAAGAAAGGAACGUUUGACCUCCAGGAGCGACAGCCCAGACUUGGAGUGCAGUUCCCCGAGAAACAGGAAGACGUGGAACAGGCAGCCAUUCCCAAGGAGGAAAAGACGUUGGAACAGUUUGCCAAGGAACAAGAGAGUGAAGUCAAGAAGAUAUUGACCGAGCUAGAAAUGACACAACCGGAACUUCCGAGGCAGGCCAGGAGUCAAAGUAUGCCUGAAAGGAAAAGGGCCGUACAGAUGACCCAGAGCGAAAUGGACCAAAUGGCGCGGCUACUCCUAAAGAGCGUCAUUGCUGCAACCAGCCCUUCUUCCCAGCUUUCUCGUCUCGAAGAUAUGAACCAGCACAUCCUCAACUAUCCGCGCAGCCAGUGCAUUUUGGCCAAGGAACGUGCUGUAUCCCACAUACUGCGACUUCGGGAAUACUCGCAAGAACCUGCAGUCACGAGCAUGGCGAGAGAAACGCUGUCGCUUCUAGGAUACUCUGAUCCUCCAAGAGGACGUGGCAUUCGCAUCCUUAGCAUCGAUGGCGGUGGCAUAAGGGGAAUCAUGGCCAUUGAAAUCUUGCGUCAGCUUGAGAUGGCUACUGGUAAAAGGAUCUUCGAGCUGUUCGACUACGUGGCCGGUGUCAGCACGGGUGCAAUCCUGACCCUGAUGCUGGGUGGCAUGCAUGUGCCACUAGACCGCUGUGAAAGCCUUUAUCGGAAGUUUGGCCUAGAAGUAUUUACUCAAAGCUCCUGGUGGGGCACAGGACGACUCGUCUGGAACCAUGCCUACUACGACACUACCACCUGGGUUGAGGCCAUUAAGAGUGUAUUCCUCGAUAUAUCUCUGCUUGAAACAUCACGCCAAGCCACAAGCCCCAAGAUGGGUGCCAUAUCUGUAGCUGCCAAUCAGCCGACCUUGCGCCCCUUUGUGUUCAGGAGCUAUAAUCUCCCUCCAUGGGUGGAAUCUCACUACUAUGGCAGUUGCAAGUACAAGUUGUGGCAAGCUGUUCGCGCUUCAGGGGCUGCACCUGGCUACUUUGAGGAAUACGAGGUUGAUGGCAUCGUUCAUCAGGAUGGCGGAUUGAUGACAAACAACCCAACCGCAGUGGCCAUUCACGAAGCCAAGUUGCUGUGGCCCAACGAGCCAAUCCAGUGUGUCAUGUCCAUCGGAGGAGGGCGUUUCAUUCCUCCGCCUGUGGAAGCCCAAACCUCAACGUCUCUCAAGGUGAAGAUCCUCAGGGUUAUCGACAGUGCAACAGACACUGAAGCUGUGCACACUACCAUUCAAGACCUGUUGCCCUCAGGAACGUACUUCCGUUUCAACCCAUAUUUGUCGGAAAGGAUCACCUUGGAUGAGACACGUGCUGAAAAACUGGAUCAGCUCAAGCAAGAUGCGCAAAUGUAUCUGCGACGCAACUCUGAAAAGUUCAGCGCAGCUGUUACGAGCCUCUUGCAAAAAAGAAACAUCGUACGACGUAUGGAAGACUGGCUGAGACUUCAGUGGGCCAUAAAAUGGUGAUCAAUUGCCAACAUAGAUGCCAAAUAAUAUAUACUGUUACUUAAUGACAUCCUCCCACGAAUGUGUUCUUCAGGUACAGAUUCAUUUCGGCAUUCGGAGUGGAGCUUAUUAAAUUCGUGUACAGAGUGUGAAUAGAGAGAUGACACAG